ACCCACCUGCGGGCUGGUACCGGGGCUGGUACACCGCGCGGAUACGGGAUGCGGACGGGACUGAAGAACGAGCAGCAUCAGCAUCAACAGUGAAGCAUCAUGGGAGGUGGCAGAUGGACGAGAUGACUGCGGGGCCACCACUGACACACUCACACUGAUACACACACACACACAUACACAGCAUGGAACAAGGUUUCAGCUUAAAAUUACUGAAGAAGCUGGCAGCAGAGCCGGACUACACCGACGUGUCUCUGACGGCGGCGGAGCGCGUCCGAGCUCUGGCAAAAAUGGGAUGCUGCGUGGAGAUCAAUGAGGACAUCGCUCCCAGGCGCUACUUCCGUUCCGGCGUGGAGAUGGAGCGCAUGGCGGCGGUUUACCUGGAGGAGGGUAGCCUGGAGAACGCCUAUGUCCUCUACACCAAACUCAUCACCCUGUUCGUAGAGAAGCUGCCUGGCCACAGAGACUACCAGCAGUGUUCAUCCAUCCCAGAGAAGCAGCUCAUCAUGAAGAAACUUCAAGAGGUGGCGUUUCCUCGCAAAGAGGAGCUGAAGAGGCGUCUUCAGGAAAAAUAUAGCAGGCAGCACAUCGAGUACCUCAGAGCCCAGGUUGGUGAGGGUCAGAACCAGGAGGUGGUGGUGGACGGAUGUGGCCAGCAGCUGCAGCGCCUGUCUCUACUGGACGAGGACAGGAAGCACCUCUCACAAUUAGACAAAGAUCGGCAGUGCCUCCAGCUGGAGGAGGAGAAGCAGCGAGUUGCAGCACUACGGCGACUUCAGAUCGAGUCAGAACAGUUUCGUUACUUCGAGGACCAGCUGAAACGCCAGGAGAUGGCCAAUAAAAAAGGAGAGGAGGCAGGGCUAAAGGUGGAGACCAAAGUACCUGAGGUCAUAGAUGGUUCCUGUUUGUCUCAACAGUCAAUCAGGGGUGGCAUGCAACGUCAGGGUGCGGACCUAAACAGAAACCGGCCUCCUGCUGCCUUCAGCCAAUCAGCUGCCUCUCUGGCAGGAGUACACAGUCCGAGGGUGGAGGGUCUGAGGCGGGUGGUGAUUCCCAGAGAUCUGACGUACAGGUUUCUCCUGCUGGCUGACUCCAACACAACGCGGGGCAUCGAGACCUGUGGAGUCCUCUGUGGACGGCUGACCCAUCCCACACAGACAGCUUUCCUAUCCAGUGUGGACCUUCACACUCACUGUUCGUAUCAGCUGAUGCUCCCGGAGGCCAUCGCCAUCGUCUGUGCUCCUAAACACAAUGAUACGGGUGUGUUCAGGCUGACCGGUCCUGGGAUGUCGGAGGUUUCAGCCUGCAGACUUAAAGGUUUCCAUCCUCACUCCAAGGAGCCACCUCUCUUCACCGUGUGCAAACAUGUGGUGUUAAGAGCCGUGAAGCUCAACCUGCUGGACCUCAGGUGACAGACGGGGGCCGCUGUUUGCCUGUUUACUGCCGGGCUUUUAUUCUGAAGAGGAAACUGUGAACCUGCUGUGUGUGUGUUUAUUUGUGUGUGUGUGUGUAUGGGUUGAGCUGCCGGCUGCACACAGACACAAGGAACUUUAUUUUUCUGGGAUAUUUAAACUCAGAGUUUUGUUUCCAGGACAUGAAGAAGAGUCAGACGUUGAAGUGACCGCGUGCCUUCUGACGAAAACAUGAAUGUUUGACAAAUAAAUUUUUACAGAAAACGUUUUGCUGAUUUAAACAGAAACUUUGAUACCAAACAGUGUUUUAUUUUCUGAAUGACAUAAGCUCAUUGUUCAAAACUUAAACUGAACCCUUUACAGUGUCAACAUAUUUACUUUUUUUAAAGAUAAAUUCUGUCCCAAUUAAAGCCUGCGGUUGUUUCAGGUCCCGAACACAGAUCAAAAACAUGGAUCACUAAUAAAAACAUCUCAAAACCAA